GGAGUGCAUAAAACGCAAAAGAAAAAAUGUCAGCGGCAGCUAUACUGUCACCAUCUUCCUUCUCCAGAGUUUUCAAUAUAAAAUCUCUCCUAAAACCAUCGUCGUCCCCAGCAUAUCGUUUACUGCGCACACACUCAGCUAAUCUCUCCACUUCCCGUUUCCAAGUUCGUUCAAUGGCUGACUCAGCUUCUUCUCCAUUCAAGAAAGUCCAAAUCCAAAGAGACAACACUACAUUUGAUGCGUACGUGGUCGGCAAAGAUGAUGCACCUGGCAUUGUUGUUGUUCAAGAAUGGUGGGGUGUGGAUUUUGAGAUCAAGAACCAUGCUCUUAAAAUCUCCCAGCUUGAACCUGGAUUUAAAGCUCUCAUCCCAGAUUUGUAUCGAGGAAAGGUAGGCUUGGAUGCUGCUGAAGCUCAACACUUGAUGGAUGGUCUUGAUUGGCCAGGUGCUGUUAAGGAUAUUGGUGCUUCUGUUAAUUGGCUCAAAGCUAAUGGUUCAAAGAAGGUAGGAGUUACUGGAUAUUGCAUGGGAGGGGCUCUUGCUAUUGCAAGUUCUGUUUUGGUCCCUGAAGUUGAUGCUGUUGUCGCAUUUUAUGGUGUUCCUCCAUCACAGCUAGCAGAUGCUUCCCAAGCUAAGGCGCCUGUCCAGGCUCAUUUCGGAGAGCUUGAUAGUUUUGUUGGUUUUGCUGAUGUUACGGCUGCCAAGUCAUUGGAGGAAAAGCUGAAAGCGUCAGGAGUUCCUUCGGAGGUGCAUCUUUAUCCCGGAAAUGGACAUGCAUUCAUGAACAGGUCAGUUGACGGUGUGAAAAGGAGGAAAAGCAUGGGAAUGCCUGACGAGGAUGAAGCUGCCGUUGACCUGGCAUGGUCACGCUUCAGAUCAUGGAUGAUUCGUCACUUAUCUGCAUAAAUUACAGGUUAGCUCCAAGUAUAUAUUGGAUGUUCGCUUGCCAGCUUGAGUAGAAACACAUCCUAGUAUUUCCACCGUGCCGAAAGGCAAAUACUAUACUCAGCGUUUAACAAUUAGGACUUUGUGACUUUCUAAAAUGAGUUAGUAUGCUUGUAAAUUGUAAUAAUCGCUGGCGAUGCGGUUUGGCGUGCGUUCUUCUCUGCGCAUUUUGUUUGUGCAUUUCAGUAGGAUUAUGUUUAAGUUGUGGACUUUCUUUGAUUAUCGGAUUUAUGUCUUGGUUUA